CCCUGCUAGUACUGCAUAAUCCGCAAUACACACUUUAUCUGUAGCUAGAAGAUUGGACAAACAGCACAGUAAAAGCCUCACACGCUCAGUCACAUGCGAUCAAUUAGCAUCCACUGAGCUUUCUGGUCAUGGGUAGCAUGGAGGAACCCAUGGAGGAGUACAAGUCUCCAUUCAAUUUUGAGCAUGGAGUGAAUACAAGCUACUUCUUCCUGUCACCCAAUGAGAAUUUCACUCCUCCGGGCUCACCAGUAUUGUCAUUCAGAGGCACCCAGAGGCCAGACUCCAUUCCAGAGGUGGGUGAAGAUGCAGCGAAAACAGUAGGAACAUCUCCAUCCAGUAUGGCCCUGACUGAGGAAGAGCAAGCAGAACUCUGCAGCGAACUAGAAAGGGUUGAAGAUGAGAUCCAGACUCUUUCUCAGGUGCUGGCGGCAAAGGAGAAGCAGGUGGUGGAGAUUAAGCAGAAGCUGGGCAUCACUCCACUCAACGAGCUCAAACAAAACCUGAGCAAGAGCUGGCAUGAAGUAACCACCUCCACUGCGUACAAGAAGACCUCAGAAACCCUGUCCCAAGUGGGUCAGAAGGCAACGACUGCAUUCUCUAGUGUGGGCUCGGCUAUUAGUAGAAAGCUUGAGGAUGUUAGUAUACGCUCCAUACAGCAUUCUGCUAGCAUGCCCUUGAUGAGGAACAAGGCCACCUUCAAAUCAUUUGAGGAGAAAGUGGAAACUUUAAAGACAAAAAUAAGCCCCACACCCUCGACGGGAGAUAAUGAAGCAGAUUCAAACCCCAAACUUGACACAGAGCCAGUGGUGCAACAGCCAGAGGGAACAGUUACUCCAGAUCUAGGACCCCAAUGAAGAUCCAUCUGACACACCUCCAAACCCAUCAAAUUCCCUCCUACUCAUCUCCCCUCUCUGUUUAUCUCCUGCCACUCCACAGCUGUUUGCCAUGACAGAAAAGCCAGUAGAACAAUUUGAAAGGAGAUGUUGCUCUGACCCUGUCACAUAAAUUCAGAACAUGUGAUUGAAAUACCUGGCAUGCACAAGAUGUUUUGUACAGUCUUGUACAUGCACAGGUGAUGUGCAUAUGGCAUUUUGAAAAGAUUCCUGAUUUUUCAAUGCUACUCUCCGCUCUUUACAGUGAUCACUUGCUUUCUGGUAGCAGCCACGUUUGCUUACUGGAGCAACUCCAAACAGGACACAGUAGUCCUAAACUGGAGCAUAUGUGUGAGUUUGCAUGUUUGCUCAUGGUGCAUCACUCAUUCACUGCAGUAUUGACCUCUGACAUUUUACCCCUGACUUUAGGUCAGUGUUGCUUGCUUGGCUUACAUGAGAGGCUAUAAAAGGGAGUCUCUUUUUACACUCACACUUUUGAAAGAUAUAUCCUGGAUUAAUGUAAAAUAUAUAAUUGAAUUAGAUUGCCUAAUUUCCUAAAUGGUUUAACAAUAACACAUACUACCCACAAAAUUAACAAAAAUUCUACUAGCACAAAUCAGUUACCUUAAAGAGUGCUUUGUCUACAUUUAUAGAAGUAUAUAGAGUGGUUAUGUUCUGUUCUGUUUUUUUUUUUUUUUUUUCAUAUUUUUAAAACUAAUGCCAAAAAUGCAAAACCUAAGAAGUUCUAUGUAUAUAAAUGUGCAUAGUUUAGUCUAACCUAAAGGUUUUGCUUACAAGUAUGUGUAUUGUUAGCAUUAAUAAAUACUAUUGUACCAAGUACGAUCAAACAAAAGUUACAACACUGUAUCAUCACUAUUUUUUCUGUGCUUUUGAUUCAUGUUCAUGGUUUAGAUGCAGAGCUUGUGUCAUAAAUUAGGAAACUUGAGUAGGACGACAUGCUUCAUGCGACUUAAUUUCUCUUUGUUUAUGUAACACUUUUGAUUAGUCGCAACACUGAGAUCUCAGUGCCUUAUGUUGCUGUAAUUGGGGAGGUUACAACUAGCUUUUGAGGUAUUGUAAUUUAACUACUGCUGUUGCUUUUGAGACUGUGUAUUAUGACAUCAGAGGGACUGACAACUUCAUAAGAGUUGUUUAUAAUCUAGAAACGAUCCCUGUUGUUUCAGACACCAAAAAAGGAGUUAAUAUAAAAUUUUUAGCUUGCAUUCCAGUACAACUUUAUAAUAUUUAUAAGCACUAGUUAAAGUAUUGUUUGUUUCAUUCAGCUUCUUAGAGUACUUAGUGUUGUGCCAUAUUUAAGGUCUUAACAAAACUUGGCAAUAUUCAGCUGUUAUCAAUGUUUGAAUUUUUUUUAUUGAUAUUGUGGGCAGAGUUUAUUACCUUUAGAAGAUAAUGUUUUAUGGCUUUGGUAUGUUAAACCGGUAACAAAAAGCUUUGGUGAGCAGAGGGUGUUUUUGCAUGUGUGCACAUUUCUAAUUGUUUGUCACGUUGAAAGCAGAUCUGUUCUCAUACAGUAAUAUUUCAUUCUUCAUUAUAUGACUGGGCAAAACUUAAAUGUACUCUUGAGUAAUUUGGGUGUACAGUUAAAUUCCAUUACAUUUUUAUAUUUUGCUUUGAUGCACAGAGAAGGUUUAUGUUGCAAAUGCUGCUGCAAAACAUUACUUUAUAGAGACAUAAGUUUAACAUGCUCUAUCUACCUAGUUGUGAUUUCCAAAAUCUUGUAUCAAAGUCAUUAAACAUGGUCAGCAGCAACCAAAUGUCCAUUUACAACCAAAUUUAUGUUUGUGUAUAGUGACCAAUACUAGUCACAAAGAUAGAUUGUUAAAAAUAUUGGAGGACCAAAAUAAAUUUAAUGAUACCCCAUUCAAAAGUCUGCCUCACUGUUGUCAUGGCUCAGGAGUUGUAUGUUUCCUUUUUCUCAACAUCAUCUUUAUAAAAUGAAUGUUUCUUUACACUGAAUCUCUCUAAUGGGCUUUUGUGUUUGGUAUCAGUUGCAGCGGUUAAUCCUGCUGUUAGGGUCAUUUAGAAAAAGCAUCCUAAAAAUCUAGAACUACUUUAUGAGCAGAGAUAUAAAAUGUGUUCAUUUGUAUGUCCGGUGCCUAA